AUGCUCGACUGGAUCAUCAAACACCACCGAAACAAAACAAUCUUCAUGAAAGACGACGACAUCGCUUUCGUCAAGGCGCUUAUCGCAGGCGAACCCUCCAGGUGUCCGGAGGAGAAGAAGUUUUUGUUCCAUAUUGUGGCUAACAAGACGAAUGGGAUUGAUGUGGAUAAACUCGACUACAUUCAGCGCGAUUCGCGGAUGUUGGGUGAACCCAUGUCCAUCUCGCUCACCCGCAUCCUCAAGUCUGCGCGGGUCAUCAAGGACGAGAUAUGCUACAACAUCAAGGAUGCUGACUCGAUUUACAACAUCUGCGCUGCGCGAUUUAGGCUGCACAAGGUUUUUUAUAACCACAAGUCGGCUAAGGCGAUCGAGUAUAUGAUUGUCGAUGCGCUGCUGAGUGCAGACCCGCACUUGAAGAUCUCGGAUAGGGUGUUUGACCCUGACAGGUUCCUUCAUCUCUCCGAUGUGAUUAUGAAUAAUAUCGAGGAGAGUACUGCACCUGAACUCGCCAAAGCACGCGCCAUCUUCACCCGAAUCCGCGAGCGCGACCUAUACCGCUGCGUCGACUACAAAGUGGUCGACUGGAACCUCAACAAUCUGUUUAGAGCCUAUAUCACGCCCGAGAAGAUUGUGGAGGCGAUUAGAAAGCUCCCUCCGAGGCCACCUCGUCCGAGCGUUCAGAGUUCGGGGUCGGGGGAUACGUUGGGGUCUACGUCUGCGGAGGGCGAGGAUGAGCAGGACGGUUUUGGUGGAUACGAGUUGACGGUGGAGGAUGAGAGGGAUGUGGAGAGCGAGUUGAUUGAUCCUCCUACGCCGUGUACGAGUGGUGGCGAUGUGGAUGUUGAUAUGGAGGGAGCGGAGGGCGGUGGUAGUCGGGAAGGAGAGGGGGAGGAUGAAGAGGAUGAGUUGACGGCUGACGAUAUCAUCGUUGACUUUGCUACGAUGCAUCAUGGUAUGGGUCCGAGGAAUCCGUUGGAUAAUGUCAAGUUUUAUGCGAAGAGGAAGAUGAACGAAGCAACAACGGCCGGACCGGGCGUGUUCUCCGGCCUCCUCCCACCCAUUUUCGCGGAGGUGAUGUUGAGGAUAUAUACCAAGAAGCCGCGGUACUGGUAUGACGUGCAGAGUGGGUUUAGGGCUCUGCUCGAGGAGAUGGAUAGGGAUAUUGGAGAGGAUGGGGUGUUGAGGGCCAGUGAGGAGGCUGCUGCUCCUACCGCUCCAACUAGCGGUGAUGGAGCAGGGGUGUUGAAGAGGGAGGGUACGACGGCGAGCGAGGUCAGCACCGUUACUGGGUCCACCCACGGGCUGGGGCUUGGAGGGCGGGAAGGGAGUGCCGCUCCAACUGUUUCUGCUGCGGAGGAGAGGGAUGAGAGUGGGAUGAUUGUUCCGCCUGUUACGCAGGUUGCGGGCUUGGGAGGGGCGUUGAGCUUUGAUGGGGAGGAUGGGUUUGAGGAUGGUGCUGCUACUACGACUGCGGCGAGGGGAGGGGGUGCGGGAUUGAAGACUCCGACUGGGGGUACGAAACCACUUCCUGUGGAUCCUAGUACGCCCGUUCCAUCCACGGCCACCACCGCGGCAGCAGCCCUAUCUGCGACCAACGCCAGAGCAAGCUCCCUCGGCCUCGGCGUCUCAUCCACCGCCACCCCACAUUUACCUGGAGGAACCAAAAGGCCGUUCGGCCGGACACCCUCGGCGCAGUUUGCGGCCAACACGUUUACGACUGUCGAACCUGAUUUUGUCCCUGAUAGUCCUUUGUCGAGGGGGAAGAGUGGGAGGCUUGUUGGUGGUGCUGGUGCUGCGGGAGUGGUAGGGGGAGCAGGGAGGAAGAGGAGUUUUGUGAGGAAUGUGAAGAGUAUGAGUGAGGUUAAGUUUGGUGGUAGUACAUCAGGGGGAGGAACGGCUGUUAUGGGUCUGUCUGUUGUUGGCAACUCUACUGCUCUGGCUAGUACUGAAGGGCUGGUAACGAAGGGUUUGAAGAGGGCUAGGGAGUCUGAUGGUGUUGGGGUUGGAUCUGGUGGGGGUGGGGGAGCGGAGGGGAAGGAGGGGGAGAAUGUGGGUGUUGUUGAGAAGAGGAGGAGGGCGUAAGAGGCGGGUGGGAUAAAGUGGAGUUUGGUGGGGUGGUAAUAGUUUUUUUCUUUCAUUCUUGGGACACACCCUGCCUCCUGUUCCUUAAAAAACUAAUGCGGCGUCCGAGUCGCCCUUCAUGGUCCGUUUCCUUUACCCAUUGCAUUGUCUCGUUGCAUCGAUUUGUUCCUUUUUCUCGUUUGCCUCUUUUCUCUCUCUAUGGAUCUUCUCACCGGACGGUUAUGUCUCUCGAGUCGCACUUCGUCCUCUUACGAUUAGUAGUAUACAAGCUCACGGUCUCUAACACUCGGCAUUAAACACUGGUUUCGGAUAUGAUAUUUAGAUACUAGACCCAUGCAUUAUGAUCCCUAGCUCGGAUUCGCGCGCACAGUAUUAGUAGUACAACACAACAAAGCAACACUUGACUG